AUGUCUUUUUUUCAUCCUGAUUCCGAAAAAUGCAACAACAACAAAGACUAUUCUAUAGAUCACCAUGAUGAUGACAAGGAUCAACAAGAUGAAGAUGAUGAUUUUAGAGAGGAUAUUUAUGGUUGGUUUAUAGUCUGUGCUGCUUUUAUGGCUCAAAUGACUGGUCUGGGGAUUAUUUCUAGUGUAUUACAAGAUCAUUAUGAACAACAUGUUUUUGGUGCCAAUGUCCAUACAGCUUUUUAUCUCAGUCUGGUCGGUGCACUUGCUAAUUGCGUUAUGAACCUGAUGAGUGUGUUUGCUCAAAUCCUUUUAUCCAAAUUCGGCAUCAAAGGUGUUAUGCUGGUGGCUUGCAUUCUUUGUACUUCUGGUUUAGAACUGGCUAGUUUAAGCACCGAGAUAUGGCAUUUAUUAUUGACACAGGGUGUUUUAUUUGGUUCAGGAUGUUCUAUUAUCUUUUAUGUGGGUAUGAGUACAGUUCCUCAGUGGUUCAAGAAAAGAGAAGGAAUAGCAUUGGGAAUUGUAUCAAGUGGGUCUUGUAUUGGUGGAUUAGUUAUGCCUUUUAUUAUCACUCCAUUGAAUCGCUCUUUAGGUGUGUCCUGGUGUUAUCGUGUAUUGGGAUUGAUCAGUUUAGUGAUCUUUGUUUGUGCUUGUAUUUUAUUCAAAGACAAAACCGCACGGCAGGAAAACAAAAAAAUCAAGGAUAUUGUGGACUUGGCUGUAUUAAAAAAUAGGGAUUUGUUGGUAUGGUGCUUUGCCGAUACUUUGAUUGAAAUGGGAUACUAUGUUCCUUACUUUUUUUUACCUUCUUAUGGUACUUUUCUUGGUUUAUCAGAUUCACAAGGUUCUUUAUUAAUUUCCACUGCUUCAGCAUGUAAUGCCAUUGGUAGAAUUAUCACUGGUCAUAUUGGGGAUAAGAUUGGAUAUAUGAAUACAACAAUCAUCAGUUGUUUCAUAGCAGGAUCAAGUUCAUUAUUACUCUGGUCAUUUGCAUUUGAUUUUGGUUUAUUAAUGGCAUUUGCUAGUAUUUAUGGUCUUACAGGUGGUGUAUUUGUAUCUUUGGGACCAUCCAUCACUAAAAUUGUAGAAAAAGAUCGAUUUGAUUCCGGCUAUUCUUUGUUUUUGAUCUUGACCAUGUUGGCAAUGUUUGGACCGAAUUUAGCCGCUGCUGUGGAAUCCUCUGUUCAUUCUUACUCCUUUUUGACUUACAAACUUUUUACUGGCAUGGCUUAUGUAGUUGGUACUUUGGUCUUGUUAUAUUUAAAAAUCAAAUUAUGUCAUGGAAAUCUCUUUGCUCGUUUAUAG